GCCAACUGUUAUGUCAUGGAUUUGGGAAGUGGGGUGGGUGAGAGAGAGAGACAGAGAGAGGGAGAGGGAGGGAGAGAGAGGGAGAGACUUUUGCACAGCUUGUCCAUCUUGUUAGUCCCGUGCCAGCUACAGCAUGCAUGUCUGCCUAUCUGUUGUUUUGUGGCUUCGCGUCUGAAUGCACGUCUGGCUCUGACCUCUUUCUCAUCUAGCAGCUCGUUCACCAAGAGGACGCAAGCAGUCUUCAUUCUGGAAGGAAAGGCCCCAGACGAGUCCAGCAGGGGGGAUGGAGGAGGCGGUGAGGCUGGUUCCCUCAGCCCCGGCUCUGCCGCUCUGCCUCUGACCCACGCAGAGAGCCUUGAACCCUGGCAGAGCGAGAGCCUGCUGGCAGCGUCCUGGUCCACGAUGGGAGACGUGGACCCCGAGGACACCAAGAGCCUGGACAGCAACGACGGGGCGGUUCUGGGCGGCGAGGAGAACCACUCCUCCAACUCCGACAUGGUCCACCUGGAGCGAGAGGAGGCCGAGAUGCUCGAGGAGGCAGAGAAGGAGGAGGCGAAGAGAGCGGAGGAAGAGGAGGAAGACGACGAGGAGAUGCAGACGAGCGUGUUGAGUGUUUUAGGUGGGGAGAGGGAGCUGGUGGAGCUCAGGGAGGAGGAGCGGCACCUCCACGCCCUAGAAACUGAGGAGGCGUCAGCGGAGGAGAAGAAGCAUGCAGAGUUCAGGCAGGUGGUUCCCCCGAUGGCGCUGCCUCCUUUGCCCAUCGUCAGACUCGAUCCCCCCUCCGCUACGUCCACCCCGGUCCCUUCAACCACAACUACUGAAGCUGAGGAGCUUUACUCCACUCAGGGCCUCCACCCUCCUUCAAUCCUCACACGGAUGGCAGAAGAGCCUCCAUCAGAGAGGCUCGAGCAACUUAAAUUCUCACAGAUUCCCCUCUCGGACGUGGAGGAACAUUCAGCCAAAGCCUCUCAAGCAGCACCAGAAAAGCCGGAGCCACCGCCGCCGCCGCCCUCUGCACCCAAGACUCCUCUGAGCUCCACCGAGCUGCUGUGCGGAGGCGCCGCUUUAGUCGCCGUUGUGGGAGUUGUGGCUUAUGGUGCUGUGGCCUACUGCAGAAAAUAGUCUCCUUUAAAUCCCCCGUUUCGACACAUCUAUUCCAAAUGAAAAUAUUCCACUUCUGGAUUUUACUCUCUGACGCUCUGUUGUAUUAUAGUUAUUAUUAGACACAUUAAUUUGAUUUUUGAAAUUCGUUUUUGUGCUACCUCAGCUCAUGGCCUUUGUUUUUCUGUAAUAGAUCUCUAAAAUGUAAACCUGGAAUGUAAAAUCAUGUAAAGGUAUAUAAUUUUAAAGAAUCCUGAAACUUGAAA